AAGCGGCGUGGAAAACGCAGGCUCUCGGAUCACGUGACGCGGCGAGAGCGCCGUUGGCUCCUCCCCCUCCAAGAUGGCGUCCCUGCUGCAAUCGGAGCGGGUUCUGUACCUAGUCCAGGGAGAAAAGAAGGUUCGGGCCCCGCUCUCGCAGCUUUAUUUCUGCCGCUAUUGUAGCGAGCUGCGGUCGCUGGAAUGUGUGUCUCACGAGGUGGACUCCCAUUAUUGUCCCAGUUGCUUAGAAAAUAUGCCGUCGGCUGAAGCCAAACUAAAAAAGAAUAGGUGUGCCAACUGCUUUGACUGUCCUGGCUGUAUGCACACCCUCUCCACUCGGGCAACAAGCAUCUCCACACAGCUUCCAGAUGACCCAGCCAAGACCACCAUGAAGAAAGCCUAUUACCUGGCCUGUGGAUUUUGUCGCUGGACAUCUAGAGAUGUAGGCAUGGCAGACAAAUCUGUGGCCAGUGGUGGUUGGCAGGAACCUGAAAAUCCUCACACGCAACGGAUGAACAAACUGAUUGAAUAUUACCAGCAGCUUGCUCAGAAAGAGAAGGUUGAACGAGAUCGCAAGAAACUAGCACGGCGUAGAAACUACAUGCCUUUGGCUUUUUCGCAACACACAAUUCACGUAGUGGACAAAUAUGGUCUUGGAACGAGGCUUCAGCGACCACGAGCUGGUGCAGCCAUCAGUACCCUUGCCGGCCUGUCCCUUAAAGAAGGAGAGGACCAAAAAGAGAUAAAGAUUGAGCCAGCUCAGGCCGUAGACGAAGUGGAACCUCUACCCGAAGAUUAUUAUACCAGACCAGUGAAUCUAACAGAAGUGACCACCCUGCAGCAGCGCCUCCUGCAGCCUGACUUCCAGCCGGUGUGCGCCUCCCAGCUCUACCCUCGUCACAAACAUCUUCUGAUCAAGCGGUCCCUGCGCUGUCGGAAAUGUGAACAUAAUUUGAGCAAGCCAGAAUUUAAUCCUACAUCUAUCAAAUUCAAAAUCCAACUGGUUGCUGUCAAUUACAUUCCAGAAGUGAGAAUCAUGUCAAUUCCGAACCUUCGCUACAUGAAGGAGAGCCAGGUCCUCCUGACGCUAACGAAUCCAGUGGAGAACCUCACCCACGUGACACUGGUGGAGUGUGAGGAGGGAGACCCGGAUAAUGUCAACAGCACUGCUAAGGUGGUAGUGCCUCCUAAAGCACUCGUUUUAGCUGGCAAGGAUGCAGCAGCCGAGUAUGACGAGCUGGCGGAACCCCAGGACUUCCAGGACGAUCCUGACAUUAUAGCCUUCAGAAAGGCCAACAAAGUGGGCAUUUUCAUCAAAGUGACCCCACAACGUGAGGAGGGCGAAGUGACCGUGUGCUUUAAGAUGAAGCAUGAUUUUAAAAACCUGGCAGCCCCCAUCCGCCCCAUCGAAGAAAGUGACCAGGGCACAGAAGUCAUCUGGCUCACCCAGCAUGUGGAACUCAGCUUGGGCCCACUUCUUCCUUAAAAGGUGCCACUAGUGGGGCGAUCCCAAAGGACAGUUCCACCACGAGCCCACACUAAAACGUGGAAGCCACUGCUUCGUUAAGCCUUGUUUGUCACGAUGUACCCAUGCACUGCUGAAUCCCAUUCCCAGGACGGUGGGGGCACCGGCAAGGCAUUGAAAACACAGGGUGACUCCUGUUCCUCUCGCUCUCACUUCUGCUAAUAACCAGUGACUCUGUCUGUCUCCCUGACUGAACCCCACACGUCGAGUAACAGCAGCAUAGUUCCCUCCCAAGAAAGGGGGUGGCUCUUUGGAGUGGCAUUAGAUUUACCUGAGAAACUCUGACCUUACUGUCGCCCAGUCUGAUCUCACAAGGGAUCACAGUCUCACAGGUGAAACUUAAAUUGAUAACCAGAAGGUAGACCUGCUGUUAAUGAUCCAGCAUUGGUCUGCCGUCUGCAUCCCAUUUAGCUGUAAUCUAGCACUCUAAACAUAUCUCUUCACUGUUGCCAUGGCUCCCAUCUUGCUUAGGUUUCCAUUUGACUGAAAAAUAGAAUCGUCACGUUGUCUAGUUUUGUGGUGUUUGAAAAAAACCCGAGAUUCUCAAGGUGCUCUGAUUUGCCCUCUUCGGAGUGAAUAUGGGAUGCUUAUUUAUCGGUUCCUCUUAAAGUUUCUUUCUUGUUAGAACAUGGAACUUUUUCUUUAAGAAGAAUUGGAGAAGCAAGCAGUCACAUGUCAUGUCAAGGGGGUGGCGAAUUCCAUUAAUUUUAAAUGUUGCCACAACAUCCAGGGGCUAACACUGUCAUUGGGAGACAGCCCUUCCGUGUCUUACUCCCUUCCCCUCCUCCCUGCCCUGCCUCUUUAACUCAAUAAGUUGUUUUGAAUAUUUGGCACCUGGAAAAAGUCCAAAGAAAACUUGGUGGACAAUAUCAUUUCUGGAAUGCAGAUUUUUAGCACGAUCCCAAACUGGAUAUUAAGAUAAGGAACCUUCCCCCUUCCUGAGUGUAAGACUUUUAUCAUAUGGUGUGUCAAAGACGACCACUCUGAUUGUAAACCAUAAAGCAGUUCAGCUAGUGCCCCCGAACCCUUGCCCAACGGCACAUGCAUGGUUUGCUCCCGGCGUCCUGCAGCUGGGCUGCUAACCUUGAUUCCUGUGCCGUUUUCUAGAACGAGACCUGACCAAGUAGCCCACCAGCUGCACCACAUUUUCUGUGAGUGCGUUGUUAGCAAGUGGACAACACAUUUUUGGGAAAAAGAGAUAUUUCCUGUUUAUUCUCAUUUUGUUUUUAAGUUCAAGCCUUUAGUUUAAAAAAAAAUUAAGAUACACAGUGAUCUAGAACAUAGACAGGACAUAGUAACUUAUUAGCUCCUUCUGGAAGAUAAAAACACUUAGGAAGCCUUUGAAAGACACUAAAUUGUACUCUAAAGUUCAAGCCGACUUUCUGAAAACAGUAUCCCCCAGAGUAAUAUAUAUGCUGCUGUAUGAGAAAAAAUACACAUAUCUCUACUAUUAUGAUAAUAAUAAGGUUUAGCCUCAUAGGAGUUGGGCAGGGGGUUGUGUAAUGACAAAUUUGCAGACCAUAGAUACAGAUAAAUUUUUUGUGACCCCAAGAGUGUCAAAUUAAUUUUUAUUUCACUACCUGCUGGAGCCUGCUCUGACGCCUCUGCCCCAUAUUUGCCAGUGCACAACCUGGACACCAGAGCAGAGAAUGGCUUCCUGUGUUUAUGCAUCUGCAGAUUGUACACACUUGUAUAUUGUGCGUUUAUGGCCUGUAGCUAGUGUUCGUUCCCAAACGUAAUAAUGUUGAAGUAAUAGGCCUCAUCACCCCCAGGUGACACAGAAACACAAAAAUACAUUUGGUCACAGAUUUUUUUCCUUUAGAAGUCAAAUUAACGUGAAGAAUAACAGCCAUUGUGUUACUGUUUCCUCAAGAUAGUUUUCAGUGCAAGCCAGUAUUCUGUGUAAUAGUAGGAAUGGUUCAGUACCUGCAGCUGGUGACUUCGGAAUUUUGUUUGUUACUUUUUUACAUUAGAUCAGGUGCAGGAUUGUCAGUGCAUAGGCAGUGUGCACCACUGCAGGCGAGUAAGACGGCAUUAGCACCAGAAACUACAGUUUUGGAAACUUUAAUUUGGAUUUGUGGUUUGAUUAGCCUACCAAAGGUUUCUUUUGUUCAAAGCACUUAUAGGUGUAAUGAGCUAAAUAAAUGUCAUGCAUAUUUGUGAAGAAACCUCCUUUUUGGUCCCUUUUGGGAAUGAGAGGCACUCCUUUGAUCCUUAUGAAUCACAGGUUCCUGUUUUGCCUUAUAGCUUAACUUAAUGUAGUGAAAUAAAGCGGACAAAGCUUGA